AUGAGUGACUCGGGGUAUAGCGUCGACAGUCUAGGUGUCAAGAGCAAAAUAGCCUCCUUCGAGGCCUUCAAUGAGACUGUACGCAACACUGAUUCUCCUGAACGACGUAGCAACACUGGUAGUGUUGCGAGCCAAGGUUCCGUCGCCAGCAGUAAAGUCAGCAAGAAGAAGGCACAUCGGCCCGUCGACCCGGAACCAUCGCGUGAGCACUCCGCUACCGGCGUCGCCAGUCAGAGUCGAAAGAGUCGCCUUCAACGUGCUCUCAAUGAAAAACAAAGACCAGAGCCAGGUAGUCUCAUGCAAAAGAGACAAAAUGCCAAAGGACGGCGCCUGGCAUCCAUUCAACAGCAGCAGCAGCAACAGACACGACAAGCAUCCUCGGCCUCAGCAGACAAUGCUUCCUUUGCCGAACCACGCCAAGAACAGCAACAACCUUCCUCACGUCAUGGAAACAGUAGAUCACAACAGCUCAGUCCAACCAAAGGUUUGACAUCGCCUUCUUCACUGAGCCAAACCAGAUCACCUAACCGUCGACAGACCCAGCAGCCGCCUCCGGGCAACAAACAAAAGAAUAGUAACCUCACUCUCUCCCCCAACAUGAUGGUGGCCACUGCAGCUGCUAGGCAACACAGGGCUUCAAAUUAUGCCAGCAACUACAGUCAACAACAACAACAGUUGAGCUUUUCUAGCUCGGGAGAACAGGAUGCUUCCGUGGCCACAGGUAGGUCAUCAAAAGCAUCCAAGACAUCCAAGGGGACCAUGUCCAGGUUUCACAAACUCAAAAUGAAGGGAAUGGAUCAUGCUAAAUUGGCUCAGAAACGAAAGCAAGCAGUGCAGAAUUCAAACAGGUUCAAUAAUAAUAACAAUAGCAACCGGAGUGAACGAACACAACAACAAGAUGCCAGUACCCCCAAAGAACCCAAUGCUGCAUCACCCGUGAGGAAUCAACGAAGUCCACGGCACCAACCAGAAGCAAUGCCAGCCAACCAACAGAGUCCUAGACAGCAUCAGCAGCAAACCAUGCCGGCGCAAGCACAGGGAUCUCCUGAUCAGCCUCUGACAGACGAUGAUGCUACCUUGACGAGUGUUGCUCGUUUGUUUGAGCAACCGAAUGACCCAAGCUCACAGCAACAACAAUUCGUUGUGGAGCAAACCCCUACCAAUCAAACGCCAUCCUCUGUCAGUCAGACGCCGGCUGGGAAACCUCCCCUAUUGUGGAGUGCCGGAGGGGAAGAAAAGAGCGAUAAAGCUGCCGAGUUUAGCCAUGUUUCAUCAGCAAACCACAACAACAGUGUAGGGAUUUAUCCGCGCCCCAGCUCUUCCUCGGAAUUUGAACCAGAAGUGUCUCCUCAUCACCUACCGAUGAAUAGUCACAAUCCAUACGCCAUGCCCAAGAGCUCUUCACCCCAACAUUCAUUGCGACAACACCAACAGCCAUACCACCAACAUUUUCAACAACAGCAGCCAUACCAUCAUCAUCAGUCACCACAGCCGUAUGGCGGCAACUACACUCCCAAUCGUUCACCAUCGCAACAACAGCAGCAGUAUCAACAGCAAUACUCACCGCCACAGGCUCCGAUGAUGUCGUCACACGACCCGGGUGGGAAUGGAGGAUUGAUGAGACGUAGCGCUGGUUCCUACGCUAGUCAAAAUGGGCACCAGCACUUCUACCAGUCGUCUUCGACGACGAGACUGGAUGACGACGACAGGACCUUUGACUACGGUGUCAGGGAUGACGACAGCCAAGGCAGCACCACCUUUCAGCAGCAGCUCUUGGAAGCGGAAAGGAAAGCUCGUGAACAGAGUCAUAUUUCGGAGAACAAUACCGUUUCCAACAUGAGUCAACAGACAGACUCAGUAUCGAGGCGGCACGGAAAAGGGCUUCGUGAUACGACUUCUCCGCUGCUCAAGACGGAGGAGCCCAUGGAUCAGUAUCGCCAGUCUCUGGAGUCUCCUGCCAUGAAGACAGCUGCUGGAGUGAUUGGAGCUGCCACGGUUGGUUGUAUUGUCAUUGGUCCUGUGGGUAUGUUGUUGGGGGCUGCAGCUGUAGGGAUUGGCGUGGGGGUGAUGCAAAUCCCGGAAGAACAACGCUCCAACAUGGCAGACAAGGCCACUGAAGCCUUGACGAAGGUGCAGAAACAGGCCCUGGAUGCAAGUGAGGUAUUGUCAAACAGCUGUGCAACUACGUACAAGGACUCGGGCAUAGCCGAUCACAUCCCUGCUGAGAUGACCCAAUUCUGUGCUGUCUCCGAAGACCAUGUUGACCCAGUCGAUGUCAUUUCACCGGAUAUCAAGAGUCAAGAUUCCGAAGCUGGGCGCAUCGAUCAAGUAACCGGCCCCUGUGGAGGUGGUGUCGUGGGUGUAGGUGGGGGCGAUCUUCCAAGGUUGAAGAACCACCACGAUUCUCGAAAACCCGCCUCACCAAACCAGUCGAGGAGCUUGAGGAACAAGAAAGUGGCGUGCUUGAGACACGUCCGGAUUGUACCGGUGUCGGAAAUUCAUGGGAUGGACCCUGUUUUGCAACCGCGAGCAUGGCUUGACGUCUUGGCAAGCGCAGAUACCUCGGAUGACGAAAAAUCUGAAGCCAUGGAAGAAAUUCUGAUCCUUGCCAAGGACAAGCAGAGAGCCCGAAUCUUCUUGGAGGAGGGAAUCUUGGACUCGAUAAUGUGGAUUCUGAGUCGGUACUUUGAGAAAGUCAACAGAAAGUCAUCGGAUGAUCAUUGGGCACACCCGGAAAUUACAGUUCAAGAGAAGAAUAUGGCAAAGCUAGCUUCGACAUGUUGCGUGACGCUUGGGAAAGCACACUGCGCCGCCAUUCAUACCGAAGGUGAUUUGCUUCUGAUGAGUCUGUACGAAAGGGGCACCGUGCCCGAAGAACGUCAACUGGCGCAGAUGCUCUACGAGGUUCCUCAUCACACUCGAGUGACCAAGACGAACGACCCCACUAUCGUGGAUCCUAGCAUGGAAGUGUUUGCCCUCAAACAACUCACUCUACCGCAGGCCGAAGACCUUGCCAAGUCUGUAAAAGAAUUGGCGGACGGAAAGGUAAUAUGA